CGACACUGAUUAUUCCCCCCACAGCCGCUUGCUGGAGUGUGUAGAAAUGCAGUGACGUCAAGAUUUGAAUUACAAAGAAUCCGAUCCAAUAGCAAUCCUCUCUUCAAAAAUAUCAAAACCCGAAUCAAUCAUAUUUAUUCACAUUUCCUUGUUCAUUCAUAUUCUCAUUCUUAUUCUUCUCCACGUUGAAUCCAACACAUUCACAUACCACAAUUACAUUUUUUUCUCUCUCCCAAAACCCUCGCCGCCGCAAUGGAAACCAAGAAGCUUCAGCUUCGCUUCUCGCUCGGCCGGCAAUCCUCCCUAGCGCCGGAGCGCGACGGCGCGGGCGACGUGUCGGAGGCGCUGGAUCCGACGGUUCGGUUGAUGUAUCUGGCCAACGAAGGAGACUUGGACGGGAUCGAGGAACUGCUGGACGCGGGGAGCGACGUCAAUUUCACCGACAUUGACGGCCGAACCGCGCUCCACGUCGCCGCCUGCCAGGGACGCACCGACGUUGUUGACCUGCUGCUCCGACGAGGCGCUGAAGUUGAUCCGCGAGACCGCUGGGGCAGCACCCCUCUAGCUGAUGCAAUGUACUACAAAAACCACGACAUCGUGAAGCUUUUGGAGAAACACGGUGCAAAACCUCCAAUAACUCCCAUGCAUGUGGAGAAUGCUCGAGAAGUCCCAGAGUAUGAGAUUGAUCCUUCUGAACUCGAUUUUACUAAUAGUGUUGGGAUAACAAAGGGAACUUUCCGGAUUGCAUUAUGGCGUGGAACUCGGGUUGCUGUCAAGACACUUGGGGAGGAAGUGUUCACUGAUGAUGAUAAAGUAAAAGCAUUUCAUGAUGAGCUUACAUUGCUUGAGAAAAUAAGGCAUCCAAAUGUAGUUCAGUUUUUGGGUGCUGUAACCCAAAGCACCCCAAUGAUUAUCGUCACAGAAUAUCUACCCCAGGGGGAUCUUCGUGCCUACUUGAAGCGGAAAGGUGCAUUAAAACCAGUAACAGCUGUAAAAUUUGCACUUGAUAUUGCUAGGGGUAUGAACUAUUUGCACGAACAUAAACCUGAAGCCAUUAUACACCGAGAUCUUGAGCCUUCAAAUAUUUUGCGGGAUGAUUCUGGGCAUCUGAAAGUUGCAGACUUUGGAGUUAGCAAAUUGCUUAAAGUCGCUAAAACAGUCAAGGAAGACAAACCCGUGACAAGCCUGGAUACAUCAUGGCGAUACGUUGCACCAGAAGUCUAUAGAAAUGAGGAAUAUGAUACAAAAGUGGAUGUGUUUUCUUUUGCUUUGAUAUUACAGGAGAUGAUUGAAGGUUGUCCACCGUUCUAUGAAAAACCAGAAAACGAAGUUCCUAAAGCGUAUGUUGAAAACGAGCGCCCACCAUUUAGAGCGUUGCCAAAGCUUUAUGCUUAUGGACUAAAACAGUUAAUUGAGGAAUGCUGGGAUGAAAAACCACACAGAAGGCCAACAUUUAGGCAAAUAAUUGGGAGAUUGGAAGACAUUAACAGCCAUCUUGUACAAAAGAAGCGCUGGAAGAUUGGAGCUUCUGGAUGCAUCCAGCACCUGGAGGCCCUAUUUAGGGGUAAUCGCACAAGUCCAAGUAGCCGAUCAUCUCGCUCCACGGCCAGAUAAAUAUUUCCCAUCGAUAACCAACAAUUAUUUUGAUCACAGUUUCAAGAAAAAAAAGUUGAUUGUAUUGUCUUAUACUUGCAUUGCAUGUCAUAUAUAACCUUCUGUAAAUAACUUGCGCUCGACGUUCGGUUGAAUAAAAAUGAAGAAUGUGACAUAUAUCCUUGUGUAAA